GUUUGGGCAUCUCUGCCCUGGGCAGGAAUGCACUCUGGUUGUAAGGGGCCUGUAGUAGAGUUCUCCGUGAGGAAACUGAGGCAGAGGACGAACCUGACCCUGAAGCUCCAGGCCUAUUGUAGCUGGGCAAAGGGAGGGCCAGGCGCUGGGCGAGCCCGGAAGAGCAGAGCAGGGCGGGCUUUCCCGGGAGCGGGUCCGCAACGGCUACGGAUGGGCUCCAAGGCCAAGAAGCGCGUGGUGCUGCCCACCCGCCCAGCGCCUCCCACGGUGGAGCAGAUCCUGGAAGACGUUCGGAGGGCGCCGGCUAAAGACCCUGUCUUUACCGCCCUGGCAGCUGAAGACCCCCCAGGUCCCUCCGUGAGUACAGAGGACUCCAAGGCCCAGUGGAAGGAGCUAUACCAGCAGAGCUGGGCCUAUGUGGCCCUGAACCAGCAGCUGCAGCGGGCAGGCGAUGGGCUGAGGCAGAAGUGUGAGCACCUUCGGAGAGCUGGCAAGGAUCUGGAGCAGGAGGUUGAGCAGCCAAGUACUGAUUGCCAGAUACAAACAUCCAGGUGUGGCUGGCUGGCUUUGGGAUGCUGUCCACCUUUAGAAACUCUCCAGGGUGCCAGGCAGACUCUCCUGCCAGCUUCACCCAGCUGCUCCCCUCCCAUCCAGUGUGCCCCCAAAUAAACCUCAGGCCUGGGUCUUGCCUGCAUCUUUACAGCAAAAGCCUCAUCACUUUGUUCCUGACAGGAAUGAGGCUCCAUGCUCAUCCUGUGGACCCUGCAUGGGGGACAGUCUGGUGACUGGGAUAGAAGGACUAGGCAAGUCCUCUCCCACCCCUGCCUCAUCUUCAGCCCAUUUGGAGAAAAGAGCCACAGACAACACAGGGUGAUUGAACAGCUCAGUUUAUUAAAGGUGCGCAGGAGUCCGAGAGCUGACUGCAUAUUGUCUUCCGCCGACAGAUGGCUUUACAUUUAGUGGGUAAAUUAGCUAUUUACAUGUCCCUUUAACACUGCAGAGACCUAGUACAAAGACAGGGUGGCAACAGGGUGAACCAGAGACAGACCAGGUUUGAGUCGUGCCGAGUAGGAUGAGGUAAUGCUGUCGGCUGUUCAGGAAGAGUGCGUGAGUGGGGGGGGGGUCACACCCCGAGUUCAGCACCCAGAUGUGGUGGGGUCAGGUGGUUGUCAUUGUCCAUCACUCAGGACAUCAGACCCUCAGUUCCCCUGGGGCUGGUCCAGGUGCAGAGAGGCCAGUGACUGAGCAGGGUCAUAAGACUCUUGGCUUUUAGCUCCAGCUUCCAGUUGAUUGUCCAAAGAUGGCAGGGAAUGGCCAUGCCCCCUGCUGCAGGUGGUGAAGAAAGCAGAAGUGACCGCAGACUUGGGAUAUGUCAGGAGAAUGGUUGGUGGGAGUCCCAAGAUCACUGCUGCUGACCCAGCAUUCAGCAAGGGGAAGUGGCAUGGGCAGUGUCCCACCAGACCCAGGUUCUGGGAGCAGUGCAAGGCAUGGUCUCCCUCAGCAGCUGCCCUGCUAGCCUGAGGUAGCUCUGAGAGUUCACCCCAUGACCUACAUGGGAAGAUGGAGACAGGGCAGUGAGAGCACCCAGGGACUCUUGUGAGAUGGGGCUGCACCUCUGCAGCUGGGUGGCAUGGGACUGCCUGCUGUUUCCCUACUGCCUAGCUGGCCCAUGGUUGAGUCUGAAGGCUCAGGAGAGACCACCAGUCUGUUCCCUUGGGCUGUAGGUGGGGGAAGGGAGUUCCAGAGGGGCCACCCUCUGCUGGGUCCUGAAGAGGCUCCUGGUAGGGGGAGGUCUCCCUGUUCAGUCACUGGCAGGACAGAGCCCUGCCUGCCAGCAAGGUCCUACCAGUAAGCAUGUGGUGCCUCUGGCCCCUUGUUGGUGAUUUAAGGAUGAUGAAGUCCAGGCAGAGCCCCGAGCAUCAGUCCUACAGGACACAACAUUUUGGAGACUUAUAAUAACACAGUUGAUGUUUAUAGUAGCAGCAGCAUGUUAUCUCUGAAGUAGGCAUCGUUCACAAGGACGCCAAAGUUGAAGACAAGUCCUGUCAGAGAGGCUGAGCGGGACAGGAGGGUAGGUGGUGUGCCCUAUCUUGUAUCUGCCUCCCAAGCCCCACUUCCCUCCUCCCAGAGAAGGGACUGGGAAUCAGCAUAUGGAACAGCGUCUGCCCCUUGGGAGCAGCUCUCUACAGAGUGUGGUGGCAGGCAGAUCUGUGCAAAGAGCAGCACUUCCUAUAGCUGGGCUCCUGCAGGAAAGAGGUAGUUGGCUCUUUCUGCAGAAAGACAUGCUCAGAGCUGGAACUGACCACAUGCACUGGGGUCCCAGAUCAGAGGCCACUGUGGAGCCAUGGAGAGGGUGCUAGUUGCUGUGGCUGGGAAGAGAGGGUGAGUGUAUCGGGCAGUCUCCAGACUUAAUAUCUGCUUCCUCCUCAUCUGGCACCAAACACUUUCUAGUACCUUGUUCAUGGCAUCUUCAGCAGCCCUGGCCUCAAUAUGUCCUGCCAACCAGGCCCUGGGCUUCCAUUUCCUUUCAAAGCCUUGCAUUGAGUUCAGGCUUCCCCAGCUCUGCGGAGGAGGCUCAACCCUCCUGUUCUGCUCCCAGCAGUGCUGUCCCUGGAAUUCUUAGGUCCCAGCAGUCUUAAGUCAUAAUGAGAAA